AUGGCCAGCCCAAGCUUCUGCGACAUCCUCGACCAAAUCAAACCCGACUUGCUCAUCUAUGAUUCCUUCCAGCCCUGGGCGGCGGAGGCCGCCGCAACGCGGGACAUCCCCGCCGUCUUCUACGCCAUCACUGGGCAGCCUCAACCGCCAUCCAAGGCCUUGGAGAUGUCCACGAAACUCUGUUUGAUCAACACUAGCAGGGAAAUUGAAGGGAAGUACAUCGACUACAUCUCUGAGAAGCUCGGCAAAACAGCCCUGCCCAUUGGCUCACUCAUCCGAGUGCAGGAAAACAAGGGCCGCGGCAAGGAUUCGGAUGAGGAUGAUGAGAUUAUGAGAUGGCUAGAUGGAAAGGAAAAACACUCAACACUAUACCUUUCAUUUGGGAGCGAGUACUACUUGAGUAGGGAGGAGAUUCAAGAAAUAGCUAAAGGACUAGAGCUAAUUAGCAGUGCCAAUUUUAUAUGGGUAAUUAGGUCUCCGGCGGGGGAGGAGACUCCCCUAGUGGAGGCACUGCCAAAGGGGUUCUUGGAGAGAGUGAAAGGCAGAGGGAUAAUAGUGGAAAAAUGGGCACCUCAGAUCAAGAUUCUUAGCCACCCAAGUGUGGGUGGAUUUGUGAUGCAGUGUGGAUGGAAUUCCUUUCUGGAGAGCAUACACUUUGGAGUUCCGAUAAUAGCCAUUCCUAUGCACUCCGAGCAGUUUAUCAGCGCCAGGAUGGCGGUGGAGCUGGGCAUCGCCACGGAGGUGAUGAGGGAUGAUGAUGGCCGGCUUUACGGAGAAGAUAUAGGCAAAGCGGUAAAGAGCGUGGUGGCGGAGAAGGCCGGGGAAGAGAUGAGAGCUAAAGUGAGGGAAGUGAAUGCGCAGAUGAAAAUGAAGGGAAAACAAGGGAUAGACAACACGGCGGCGCUGCUGUCGGAGCUUUGCUUGUCUAAGAACUCAUCGUAAACAAUAAUAUAAUUCGUAUGUCGUGCGUUUCUUAUUUUCAGAUUCAACAAUGUGUACUGUCAUCGUUUUUCUUCUUCUUCUCCCAGUAGUUUGUAUUUCUAAUAGCACCUCUGGUUUUGCUUCUCA